AUGUCGUACCAAACCAAUCUCUUCAUCAAUGGCGAGUACGUCCCCUCCUCGUCGGGAGAGACGCUGUCCAUCUACAACCCCAACGAUGACACCCUAGUCACCGACAAAGUCCAGGUGGCUUCCGAGGCCGACGUCGACAGGGCUGUCGCUGCCGCCAAAGCCGCGUUCCCCGGCUGGUCCUCGACUCCCGGCGCCAAGCGCGCCUCCAUCAUGCUCAAGUUUGCUGAUCUCUUGGACGCCAACGCCGAACGCCUCGGGAAACUCGAGACGAUAUGCAUGGGCCAGCCCAUCACUCUUGCCAAAGGCUUUGUUCACGGUCCAGCCGCAAUCUGGCGCUAUUAUGCUGGCUAUGCCGGCAAGAUCGCCGGUGAAAGCUAUCCUCCGGAGGGCGACGGCUCUUAUAAGAUUGUCGCCUAUGAGCCCCUUGGCGUCUGUGCAGGUAUUGCUGCUUGGAACGGCACUCACGCCCUGGCAGCCUGGAAAAUGGCCGCCGCUCUCGCUGCUGGAAACACGUUUGUCUUCAAGCCCUCGGAGAAAUCACCCCUCGGCGCAGCACUCUAUGGAGAAUUGAUCAAGGAAGCUGGAUUUCCUCCCGGCGUGAUCAACAUCGUCAUAGGUGCUGCGCCGGUGGGUGCAAUGCUGGCAUCUCACAUGAGCAUUGCCAAGAUUGCCUUCACUGGCUCCGCCGCCGGAGGACGAGCAGUCCAAAUCGCGGCCGCAAAAUCCAACAUGAAACAUGUCUCCUUGGAGUUGGGAGGUAAAUCUCCCGCCUUGAUCUUCGACGAUGCCGAUUUGGAUAAUGCUCUCCUGCACAACUCAGGGGGUUUCCUGCGGAACUCCGGACAAGUUUGUUUUGCCUCGUCCAGAGUCCUCGUGCAAGAGGGCAUUGCCCCAAAGUUCAUCGAAGGGAUUAAGAAGGCUUUUGAAAAUGAGGCAAAGAAAAUGGGCGAUCCUUCUUUGGCCGAGACCGCAUAUGGGCCACUGGCUGACAAGAAACAAUUCGAUCGCGUCAUGGGAUUCCUGAACGACGGUAAGGCCGAGGGCAUCGAAGUUUUGACCGGAGGAGGGCGGUUGGGCGACAAGGGCACGUUCGUGCAGCCUACUGUCCUUCUCAAUCCUGAUGCACGGAGCCGUGUCUUCACCGACGAGAUAUUUGGCCCUGUGAUUGCUGUCAAGACAUUUAAGACUGAGGAGGAUGCCAUCGCCAUGGCCAACGAUACCACUUAUGGUCUUGGAUCCUCUGUUUUCACAGCCGAUAUUGCGCGAGCAUUGCGCGUGGCCUCCAAGCUUGAGGCUGGAAAUGUGGGAGUGAACCAGGCAUACAAGACAACUCCACAGACGCCGUUCGGCGGAUACAAGCAAUCAGGGCAAGGAAGGGAGAGCGGGCAUGAAGGCCUCAAAGGAUAUUUGCAAGCAAAGACGAUCGUCAUUAAUAUGGAGGUGCAAAAGAAAGCAUGA